CACGCCCCCCCGCCGCCCGGCUGCAGCGGUGCCCGGCUCGGCGCCGGCGGGACCGGACCGGACGGGGCGGGCUGGUCCGGCACCGGUACCGGCACCUCACGGCACGGGCUCACCAUGAUCGUGUGUCCCCAGAGCGUGGAGCACCCCCGAGGAAGCCGGUGCCAGCGGCUGCCGGGGCAGGUAGUGAAGAUGUCUGGCAAUGACCCCGAGCGUCCCCAGUUCCUCUUCGUGAAGGUGCUGGCGAGCCGGGGGCGGCUGGAGGCGGUGACGCAGCAGAUGGGCUACCACCCGCAGUACCUCGAGAGCUUCCUCAAGACGCAGCACUACCUACUGCACAUGGACGGCCCACUGCCCUUCGACUGCCGGCACUACAUCGCCAUCAUGGCGGCCGCCCGGCACCAGUGCCGCUACCUGGUGAACCUGCACGUGCUGCAGUUCCUGCGGGCGGGGGGUGAUCCCCAGUGGCUGCGCGGCCUCGACUUCAUCCCUCCCAAACUCCGCAACCUCAACGAGAUCAACAAGAUCCUGGCGCACAGGCCAUGGCUCAUCACCAAGGACCACAUUGAGAAGCUGCUGAAAAUCAGCGAGUGGAGCUGGUCGCUGGCGGAGCUGGUGCACGCCGUCGUCCUCCUGGCACACUGCCACGCACUCGCCAGCUUUGUCUUCGGCUGCGGCUGCGAGCAGGAUGAGGGGCCGGGGGGCCGGGGCUCGCUGAAGUCCUUAUCACCCGGGAACCAGUGCUUCUGCGAAGCCACCGCCGCCAACAGCUGCAGCCAGGAGCUGCUGCGCAUCAACCGCAAGCGGUCCCUGGACUCCUGCAUGGAGCUGGAUUCCCUCCGGGAACGCAUGCAGCGGAUCCAUGUGGAGACCGAGGGCAGGGAGGAGACGAGGCUGCUGCAGCAGGAGCGAGAGGAAGACGCCGAUGGGGAAGUCACCGGUGCCACCAACCUUGCAUGCUACAUGCAGGACCCUGACUUUGGAUACCAGGACUUUGCCCGGCGCGACGAGGAUCAGACGCAGGUAUUCAGAGUCCAGGAUUACUCCUGGGAAGACCACGGCUUCUCGCUGGUCAACCGGCUGUACUCUGACAUUGGGCAUCUCCUGGAUGAGAAGUUUCGGAUGGUGGAUGGUCUGCAAAGCAGUGCCAUGGCCAAGCGGCAGGGCUGCGAACCCUCCGUCUUCAAGCGGGGCAUCUGGAACUACAUCCACUGCAUGUUCGGCAUUAGGUACGACGACUACGACUACGCGGAAGUGAAUCAGCUCCUGGAGCGAAUGCUCAAAGUUUACAUUAAAACUGUAACCUGCUACCCAGAGAAGACAAACUCGGAAAUGUUUGACAGGUUCUGGAAGCAGUUCAAGCACAGUGAAAAGGUCCACGUGAACCUGCUCAUCCUGGAAGCCCGAAUGCAGGCAGAGCUGCUGUACGCGCUGCAGGCCAUCACCCAGUACAUGAUCUCCUAGAAUGGCGGGGAGCUGCGCUGCGGCAGGGCCGGGCAGCGUCCUCUCCCUGGACUCGUGCGUGACCCGUCGCGCUGGGAUGGACAGCGAGGGAUUACUCCAUUUAGUUUACUUGACUGUCUUGUUCCUUCCCCCCCAAACCACCCCCCACACACACCUUGUGGGGCUCGCUGAGUGGCCCCGUGACGUGCAAUUACCAAACUGUGAGGGAAGUGCGUGCUGCUGAGAUGUCAGUGUGAUGCUGGAGACUUGAACACGGCUGAGGAGGACUGCCAAAGAUGGGGAGAGGGAGGCGGGAGGGGACUGGGGCCAGUUUAGAGGGAUGGCCCCCACCACCAGGAGCAGAAGCUUCUCGCCUGGCUGCUGUGGGAGCCUCGGCCACCGCAGGGAGGGCAGAGCUGGCUUCCUUCCCUCUGCUGCAGUGGCUGCCCUGCCUGCGAGCCACCCUCCAGCGCCCGGCCUCAGCGGGGUGCUGCAUCUCGCUCGGGGCCGGCGGGGCAGCUCCCAGGUGCGUUGCAGUGUCCUGAGGUGGGAGAAGCACCAGCUCCGAGAGAGGGCCCUUCCCCAGCCUGGGAUGGGAUGGGGACGCGCUUGCGGCCCGUGUGUCCCCUCCUUUAGGUCGAUGUGCCAAACCCCCUCGGGGAUGGACGAGCGAUGCCCCAGGCGCAUGCCAAACUGUGAAGCUUUUUCUGGCAGGGUGCUCUGCCUUCUCCGACAGCGGGGUGAGGAGGUCUCUGACAGCGUUCAGGUUCGAGGUUGGUUUCUGUGGGAGCCUUUGGGCAGCCCUUGGGGAGCUUGCCCCAAACCCCUUCCUCUGCCUCCCAUCAGGCAGCGGAGGGGCAGGAGGAACAAGGGAGGCUUCCUGAAUUAACGCGGCUCCUAUCUUCUUGCCACCAUGACAGGGCUGAGGUCCUGUUCCCAGCCACUUGCUGGUUAACAGCAUGGUGGAGGAUGCAGGUGAGCUAGGGGCAGCUUCUCCUAGACCCUGGGCUGGGGGGGAGGCCGUGGGCUGGCCCCCUUUGAACAGAGGCAGCCAGUGGCCGAGCCUUGCCCUCUGCCCGCACCACCGCUCCCCAGCAUGCCACAGCCCUGGGGCGGGGAUGGGACAUGAGGGACCCAGCGCAGGCCCUGGAGAGCCACCACGAAAGGGGAUCGAGGCCACCCAGGAGAAAGGGGAGCCUGAAGCAAGGGCAGCCGUCGAGUCAGCCCAGCGCACGCUGCUUCAGUCGACCUGUUUACUGCGUAAAUGUACGGGGAGAAAAACUUGUGUAUGGAAGCUACAGAAAAAGCCUAUUUUUGCUAUAAAUAUAUUAUGUUUGACAUGGA